AUGCAGGAAAGACUGUUUUACGACAGAUUACUUCAAGGGGUGCGUCGAGGUGCUACAAGAAACAGACAAGUUAGAGCUUUUCAAGGAAUAUAUAAGAAUAAUACAUGGGGCCGAUCCUGGGAUUUAGGGAGAAAUGCUUCACAACGCCCUAUUUCAAGGGAUGCAUGGAGUCUUUGUACCUAUACGACGAGAAGGAACAAAUAG